CCGGAGAAGCCCCCCUACUCCUACAUCGCGCUCAUCGUCAUGGCCAUCCAGAGCUCGCCCUCCAAGCGCCUGACGCUGAGCGAGAUCUACCAGUUCCUGCAGGCGCGCUUCCCCUUCUUCCGCGGCUCCUACCAGGGCUGGAAGAACUCGGUGCGCCACAACCUCUCGCUCAACGAGUGCUUCAUCAAGCUGCCCAAGGGGCUGGGCCGCCCGGGCAAGGGCCACUACUGGACCAUCGACCCGGCCAGCGAGUUCAUGUUCGAGGAGGGCUCGUUCCGCCGCCGCCCGCGGGGUUUCCGCCGCAAGUGCCAGGCGCUGAAGCCCAUGUACCGCAUGAUGAACGGGCUGGGCUUCAGCGCCUCGCUGCUGCCGCAGGGCUUCGACUUCCAGGCGCCCUCGGCCCCGCUGGCCUGCCACGCCAAUGGCUACAACCUCGACAUGAUGCCCAACUCCAUGGCGGGCGCCUACGAGGGCCACCACGUGCCGCACAUGUCCCCCAACCCGGGCUCGACCUACAUGGCCAGCUGCCCCGUGCCUGCCAACGGGGAGUACGGCCCGGACAGCAGCAGCAGCCCCGUGCCCUCCUCGCCCGCCAUGGCUAGUGCCAUCGAGUGCCAUUCCCCCUACGCCAGCCCGUCGGCUCACUGGACAGCCUCAGGGGCAUCGCCCUACAUAAAGCAGCAGGCCCUGCCGCCCAGCAACGCCGCCCCCUCGGGCAUCCACUCCAGCAUGUCCUCCUACUCCCUGGAGCAGAGCUACCUGCACCAGAACGCCCGGGAAGACCUCUCAGUGGGAUUGCCUCGCUACCAGCAUCACUCUUCCCCAGUGUGUGACCGGAAAGAUUUCGUUCUCAAUUUCAAUGGCAUUUCUUCUUUCCACCCAUCCGCCAGCGGAUCCUAUUAUCACCACCAUCACCACCAAAGCGUCUGUCAAGACAUCAAGCCCUGCGUGAUGUGAAGCGCGCGGCAGUGAGCCCAGGCAGGCGGACAGACAGACGAUCGGGGGGCUGUGUAACAGGUCGGAGGUAUAGCGGGGCUCACGCAGGUCCAAUGUAAUGUGCACUCUGGUAGCAUUCAACACAACACGAGUCACUUAGCACGAGUCGCUCCCCAAGGCAGAAGUGUCGGCAGUGUCCGCCCGGCCACUCCUUGAAGGACAGGCCCAGAUGAUAUAACAGCUCCCAGCUUCCCCCCUCCGCCCCCGCCCCACCGAAAGAUUUUCUUUUGUGCCUGUGUUUGGGAAGGGCCGGGGACUGGUCUCUGCAUGGGAAGUCCGAGCAGGUUAAUCAUCCAAUGCAUUUCUGCGAUCUCCAUUCUCCUGGCGAAUUAAGCUUUGGGAAAGGGGGCCAUUUCUCCUA